AUGCCGUACCGACGUUCGCAAUCACGUACACGAAGAGGCAGAAGUCGUUCUCGUACUUCACGUAGGAAUGUAGCUUCUCUUUCCUUAUUAUCCAUGCGACGUCGUCGAGGGCUACGCUUACGCUCACGUUCACAAGUGGGUUUUGAUUUGGGGAGGCUGUUAUCCAGUAGAAGACGCAGACCAACAUAUAGAUCAAGAUCACGUCGGAGCUCAUACAGAUCAAGAUCAAUCCGCAGUCUCCGACGUCACCGCCCUUCAAACAUUCGUCGUCGUCGUCAUUCAAGCUCACGUAGUCGCCGUCGCCAAUUUAGGUCUCGUCGUCGUUCACGAUCUCGCCGCCUUUCUCGUUCACGUCGCCUUUCUCGUUCGCGUCGUCGUUCUCGUUCUCGCUCCGGUUCACGAACAUACCCUUAUCGGUAUAAAUAA